AGAAGUCCAUUCAAGAGCAACAGCCAACAACAGCUUCAGAAAAAACGCACUUCAUUUUUAUUUGUAAUAAUAAAUCAGUCGUAGCGACGCAGAAAAUCAGCUGUCCAACUUAGAAAAAUAUAUAAAAAAUCUUUGAAGUUUGAAAUAAGCAUUAAUUACCUCAUAAAUAAUAUUUGUGAGUUAUGAAAUCCCAAUGAAAACAUUGGAUUCCUUCAAGAAUAACAAAGACUUCGAAAACAAAAGAUCUUAAAACAAAAACUAGCUGUAAAUCAAAGAAUUUUCCAAAAGAAAGGGAGUGUAGUGGAUAGGAUAGUGUGUUGCUGUUGCUGCAAAAAGAAACGAAUAACGAAGAAAAUGUCGGAAAUAAAAUCAAUGGAACAUGCUACGCUCAAAGUGCCUUACGAGGUGCUGAAUAAGAAAUUUCGUGUUGCCCAAAAAACACUCGAUCGAGAAGUCGACCAGACCUUCAGUGCCACCAAGGAGGUUGAGAAAGCGAUGAAGGGUCCAAAUCCAACAAUUGCUGAGAUAAGCAAACUUGUUGGUGGAGUUGUAGAACGCCUGCAGGUAUUAAAACGAAAAGCUGACGAGAGUAUUUCUGAUGAAUUGGCUGCCAGUUAUGUUUGUAAAAGAAAGCUGGAGCAUUUGAAGGCCAAUGCGUCGCCCGAAAUGAAGACAAGCUAUGAAAUUUGGCAGGCAUCUGUGGAUCAAUGGAAAAGGAUUCGUAUGGAUCGAAUGGUUAUUGAACAUCUUUUGCGAAUGGGAUACUAUGAGACUGCGGAGAAGUUAGCUGAUCGCAGUGACAUAAGGCAUUUAACUAACUUAGACAUUUUCCAGACAUCCCGUGAAGUUGAAGAAGAUUUAGCUAAUCAUCGUACCGCAAAAUGUGUACUCUGGUGCAAUGACAAUAAAUCGAAACUUCGAAAAAUCAAUUCAAAUAUUGAAUUUCAAUUACGUGUACAGGAAUUUGUUGAGCUAGUGCGAUUCAAUAAUCGAACAGAAGCUGUCCGCCAUGCACGUAAAUAUUUCCCAGCAUUCGAUAAGACACAAUUGAAUGAGAUUUGCAAAUGCAUGGCACUACUCGCCUAUCAACCAGAUACCCAAAUUGAUCCAUACAAAGGCCUUUUCGAUAUGGGACGUUGGGAUACAUUGGUGUUAAAUUUCCGAAAUGAAAAUUACAGAUUGUUCCAACUUUCGACACAAUCACUUCUGAGUGUUGCUGUUCAGGCUGGUCUUUCGGCACUUAAAACAGCACAGUGUUACUCACCGACUUGCAAAAACCUCAAUUGUCCUGUGUGUCAGGAAGACUUGAACCAAAUUGCCAUGACGUUGCCAUUUUCUCACUGUGUACAGAGUCGACUGUUUUGCAGGAUAACCGAACUGCCAUUAAAUGAACACAAUCAACCAAUGAUGCUUCCAAACGGUCAAAUCUAUGGCCAAUUGGCCAUUCCUAGGAUAACAGAUGAAAAUGGCACAGUUGUUUGCCCCGUAACCAAGGCAAAAUUCUCAAAUCCGAAAAUCGAAAAAGUGUUUUUCAUGUGAAUAACAUUUUCGAUGAACAUAAAUCCUCAAAAUUUAUAUUUUUCUUUUUUUAUUUUUUUCUUUAGAAUUCGUUAUGUUUGAUUAAGUUUUACUAUUUACAUUUACUUAAAAUAAUUAUAUUUUUAUAUGUUUAAGAUUAAACCAAACCAACCACAAAUGAAUUGUUGGUUAUGCAUAAAACGAAUAUUUGCGUUAUUGAACCACAUCAUAUUAUAAACUCAUAAGAAAAUAUAUUUUUAUUAAUAUGUAGAAAUAACAGAAAAAAGUAUAUCAUAAUUCAUAGAACAUGAAUUGCUGCUAACUAUGUAUAUCUUUGAAGUACUACCGAUAUGAAUAAAAUACACAUUAUUUGAAAGACAUAA